AUGCUCCGGAUCCGGACCAGACCUAUCAGCCCGGACAACAGAGAGGACUGUGGAGAUCCUUUCAAAUGGCAUGUGCUCACAAUUGAGGGGAGGAUCCAGCUGCCUCCUCGCGGCUGGCUCUGGAGGUGUGGAGGGGAGGAGGAGUGGACAUGGGCAGGCUACUGCUCCAUUGGGAUGAGCGCUGAAACAUCCUCAGAUAUCACUGAAGGGGGUCAAAUUAAGGCUCAAAGUGCAGAAGAAAAAAGAAAGAAAGAAAGAAAGAAAGAAAUUAAAGCCGCAAGCGGCGUCGAACGGCCCUCGCCACACCGCGCGACACCCCGCACCACGCGCCUUGCCGCUCCGCUACGACUCCCCGCUCCGCUACGACUCCCCGCUCCGCUACGACUCCCCACUCCGCUACGACUCCCUGCACCGCGCUCCGCUACGACUCCCCGCACUGCGCUCCGCUACGACUCCCCGCACUGCGCACCGCUACGACUCCCCGCACCGCGCGCCGCUACGACUCCCCGCUCCGCUACGACUCCCCGCUCCGCUACGACUCCCCGCUCCGCUACGACUCCCCGCUCCGCUACGACUCCCUGCACCGCGCGCUUCUACAACUCUCCGUUCCGCUACGACUCCCCGCACCGCUACGACUCUCCGCAGCGCUACGACUCCCCGCAGCACUACGACUCCCCUUACCGCUACGAUUCCCCGUACCACGCAACUCGCCGCAACUCGCCGCAACCCGCAAUUCCCCUCCCCGUGACUCCCCGCGUGACUCGCCGCUCCGCAGCACCGGGACAAGAGCCGUGCACCGUGUUGACUUUAGAGGAGCACCCACCCACGCGCCGCCACCGCAACGUCAUCACUGCAAUUACUAUUAAGAGUUUCUCCUGUGAUGUUGUGCGUCUGCCGCUGUGCAAAAGUGAUGUUUGA